AUGAUGGUGGAUGUAGAUCUGAGCCCCAUGUGCCAGGAGACCAUAUGGGAAGCUUUCAAGAUCUUCUGGGAUCGCCUUCCGGAGCAAGAAGAGUACCAAAGUUGGAUGAGCCAAUGCCAGGAAGGCACAGUGAUGGCACGAGACAUUGGCAGCCAUUUUAGUCAAUCAAAGGAGCAUCAGGACCUGGUUAAACAGAGAAUGUCCCAUGCAGGUUUGAAAAGUGAGCCAACCAGGUCCUGGCAGCAUAUGUGCAGCACACCAGUGCCAGCAGCUCCAGAACCUGUUGAAGCUCCUGUUUUAGAAGAGGUAGGAAAAGGAAUGGAGGAUCUCGUUUCAUCAAAAGUGGAAGAAAGUCCACUGUUCAAUGACAUUACCGUGCAGCCUACAACGGCCACUGUGCUAGAACAGGUGGUGGAACUGAGCAUCCUUCUGACUGCAGAGAUGUUCAGCAAUGAGCUUAACAAUCCAGCCAGCCUCAAGUACCAGACUCUUAGCAGACAUCUUGCUGAAAAGAUAGAAGAUGCUCUUCAGGGGCUUCCUGGAUUUAAGAGUGUGUCUGUAAUCGACUUCAGGGUUGAUGGCAUCAUUGUGGACUAUGCAGUCACAGUGGAGGUGAAUGGAGCAGGAGUGAGCUCUGAACAACUGAACUACCUGACCCUGCAGUCGAACCUGGUGGAGAACUCUUAUCAUGAGACUGAGGAGCACUCCACUGUGGUCUACACCACCAGCGAGGUCAAAAAACUUUUCACUGAAGCCUUUGACAUCAACGAUAUAGAGACUGUGUCUGAGAUUCCUGCACCCGUCAGCACUGCAGACAGAGCCACGACUUCACCAGUACGAGAAGCGGAUGAGCUCACUGGGAAGGAUGAAGCUUUGAGGAUUAGAUUGGCUCUUGCUAUAAUCAUCCACUGCUAUUCUGGGGCAAAGACACCAGUGCACCACACUACUCAGAGUCCAGAAGAGAGACUAGUCAUAUGA